GUAUUGAUCGUGAAGCCACCAGCGGCUUCAUCUUAGCCAACGCCAUGGAUCCAUUCAGCAUCGCGUCAGGUACGAUGGGGAUUCUUGGUGUUUCUGCCCAGAUCCUGAAGCUUUGUUACUCGAUCUACGAUUAUUACGGGGGUGUGAAAAAUGCCCCGCAAGCCAUGAGAGCUCUCAUGAAAGAGCUCGAAGCACUCGAUCCAGUUCUCUACCAGUUACGAGUUCUUGCGCUAAGGUCGCAGACUAUCCCGUUACUCCAGGAAUUCUCGAAGCAGGGGGGUGUCAUCGAGAUGUGUCAGGGCGAGCUUCAAGCACUGGCAGAUGAACUACAAAAGAGGAUUGAAGCGAGAGGGUUCCACGGGAAGAUUGGAAGGCUUACAUGGCCCUUGUCUGAGGCUGAGACAACCAAACACCUCCUUGGAAUCCAGAGGAUGAAGAGUACAAUUUUAUUGGGUCUUCAGGCUGAUAGCUUGUAAGUCGACGGAAAUGCCAAUGCUCUUCAGCAGAAAUAUCUUGUGCGGAUGGGCACCGGCGCAUCCUUGGCAAGGGCUGCAUCAAUGCGGUUUCGCUCCAUACCGGUUCGUGCCAAAUGAUUUAGAAACACUUUCUAACACGCUGUUAAAGGAGUGCAUCACACGAAAUUCUUCAAUUGGCGCAGAACAUAGAUUCCAACCUUUCACAAUUAUCCAAUACUACCGAAGAAAUAACCGAUUCGCUGGAAUUCCGUAGAGCUGGUAAGAGGGUACUGAUCUGUCAUGGCAAAAUUGCAGCUAACUAAUCAUGACGGCUCAGAAAAAAAGCGUCGGGAGGUCCUUAAAUGGGUUCACUCGGACGACUUCAAGGAAAAACACCAACUAAUACAAGAAAACAGACAAGAGGGGACAGGAGAAUGGCUAUUGAGAAGUGAAGAGUUUAUUAACUGGCAAAAGGGUGCACCUUCCCGGAUACUUCUCGGAUUAGGAAUAGGUAAGAUAAGCUGUCACCGGGAUCAUUCAUUUUAACUGACAAAGCGCCUUGUAACAAUUAGCCGGAGCCGGAAAAACUUUCUUAAGGUCCUCCCGGUAUCCCCAGGUUUCGGUGUUCUAUAGCUAAUGAAUUCCCUAAAAGUUCACGGGUGGUUGACCAUCUAGAAGAUGUUACCGAAAGUGGCGUAGCCUACAUAUAUUUUAACUAUCAAGACCAACAAAGUCCUGCUCGUAUAAUGGCCAGCAUAGCAAAACAACUCAUGUGCAAGUUGCCGUCAACGACUCCCUUGCCCGAAAUUGCCAAUGACCUACACAGCAAGCUCGCUCCUGAUAAGAAAGCUUCUUUAGAACAACUACGCAGCGUGCUGAGUGGUGUGGUCAGUCUUUUCCCCAGCAUCUUCCUCGUUUUCGAUGCUGUAGACGAAUGUGAGGAAGACCUUCGAACACAGAUUCUCUCUUUGCUCCUAUGGAUAGAAACCCUGAGCGAGAAAGUGUUCUUGUUCAUUACAAGUCGGCCGCUGGCGGAUCUCAAAAAUAUACUGAUAGACGCUGUUGAAGUGAAACUCUCAGCUCAUCCGGAGGACAUAAGCACAUAUCUCGAGGCAAGAAUUGAACAAACCAGACCGCUAAGGCCAACAAAACAAAUCCCACUAAUGGUGCGAUACAAAGACAAGAUAAUUCCCGAAAUUAGAAAUAGUGCGGGAGAAAUGUGUGCAGAUUCUCCAACCCUUCUGUCCGAUGCACUUUGUUGACUGCCACGUUCAGGUUUCUACUUGCCAAGUUCCAUUUCGACUUCCUCAGCCAGAAGAUCAAUGCGAGAAAACUCCUGGACGCCAUAGAGACCUUGAAAAAUCCCUCAAGUAGGGUUAAUGCCCUGGAGCAAUGCUACAAAAGAGUCGUGGACGGUAUCAGAGCGCGAGACGAGAACGGCGGCCUUGCCUUGGACGUGCUCGCCCUGCUCUCCCGCGCCACAACUCCCCUUCGUAUCAACGAGCUGCAGGAUGCCCUGGCAGUGAUUCCUGGGGAACUAGAGCUCGAUCCCCUGAACGUUACGAGCGCGGAAACGCUGGUCGAUAUAUGCGGGGGCCUGGUCGAGAUCGAUCACCACAGCAACACAAUUGGACUAGCGCACUACACGAUCAAGCAAUACCUCGUCGACGAGAAAGCAUCACCCAUUCUGAAAGAGGCGAAUAUGAGAGCUGCCAUCUUUUGUCUCGCGUAUUUAUCACUUUCCCACAUCCCGGGCGAUACGUGGAAGCUGAAAAGUUCGGUUUGGCUUCGCAAGCCUUUCGCCUUUCUGCGCUACGCUGUGUCCAAUGUUUCGUACCAUUUGCGCUGCAACGCGCCGGACGAGCAACUGACCACGAUGACUCUCCAAUUCCUAAAGAGCCGGAAGUCUUUGGCGAUGUACGUUGAAGUCAUAUCAUGGAUUACCACCGGCCAUGGGAUUCCGGGAGGAAUCACUCCACUAUGCGUGGGGUCAAUGAUUGGAUAUCUACCAGUUGUGGAAGCUUUACUCAAUGAAAGAGAUGGAGAACUAUCAGAAGAGGAUAAGAUGCACUCUACUGAAGUGCAUUGGGCGGCUUAUGGAGGAAGAUCGGAGGUAGUUCAGUUGUUGCUAGACCGUGGAGCAUAUCAUUCUUCAAUGGAUUUCUUAGGACGAACUCCGGGAUCCAUUGCGGCCCGUGCCGGACAUGUGAAGGUAUUACGUUGUCUACUGGACAAUGGAGCAACUCUAUUAGAGCGGGACAAAAAAGGCAAGAUUCCGUUGCACUUCGCUGCGGAAAGUGGGCAUUCGGAUGCGGUCGAAUUACUACUUGAAAGAGGGAUGGACCUUGGGCUCGCGGACCACCGUGGAUUGACAGCGAUGAAUUACGCGGUUUCUUCCAGAAACGCAACCGUUGUCAGAAUGCUCCUUGACAGAGGUGCGAGGAGCAGUGGAAUCGUUGAGGAUAAUGAGAGCGAUCUUGGGUUCCACAAGUUACUCCCUUUGUUCUUAGUUAGAGAGGAAUACAGUACCGGAGUGAUAACUAGCGGAAUGGAAACGGCACUUCAUCUAGCAGCAAAACAUAAUUACCCAGAACUCGGCCAUCAAUUUCUCCAAGCAGGGCAAGAUCCCUCUAUCACCGACAUAAAUGGGGCAACUCCCCUGCACUGGGCAGCCCUGCACCGGAGUAGAGAGUUGGCGGAAGCCCUACUUCUCAAAGGAGCCGAUGUAUCUGCCGCUGAUAAGUGUGGAGAAACUCCAUUACAUUGGGCUAUCACAAAACGGUCAAGUCGUGGAUACAACAACUUUUCUUCUCUCCUCCGGAUAAUCGAGCUGCCAGGACAAGAUCCUGCAGCCAUUAUUUCUUUGCUACUCGAGAGCGGGGCACAUAUUUCCUCUCGAGAUACCCAGGGAAUGACACCCAUGCACAAAGCAGCCUUCAGAGGAGACACCGACAUUGUCCGCAUUUUGGUGCGUGAAGGCGCAGACCUGACCACGGGGGACAAGGAAGGGCGAACACCACUACAUACGGCAAUUCGUCAACACAAUCUCCCAACCUCCCGCAUCCUAAUCGAUGCAGGAGCAGACCUCUCCAUCCCUGAUGCUGAUGGGCUAACGCCUCUGCACGUCGCACUCUGCAAGGGGAAAAUCGAAAUAAGCCGAGCCCUGAUCCAGAAAGGGGCGAGUAUUUCCGGUCAUGUGCGGGACAACAAGGGCCGCACACCACUGCUUAUGGCUGCCCGGUGGAACUGCCCCGAUAUUAUUCAUUUUCUGAUCGACGGGGGAUGCGACGUUUCCGCCCCAGACAAUCUGGGGAACACGCCGCUGCACGUCACCACCGAUGCGCGAAUUGCCGGGAUCCUGAUGGACAGGGGAGCCGGGGUUUCUACGUUAAAUAAUAUGCGGCAGAUGCCUCUGCAUACGGCGCUUGAUAGGAAAGACACUGUUGUCGCUAAAUUCCUGAUUGAGAGGGGCGAGGCAGGUAUUUUUGUUCAGGACAACAUGGGACAGACACCUCUACAUGUUGCAGUCAAGAGAGACCUCUCAGAGGUUGCCUACACCCUGAUUAAGAAAGGAGCAGACACCUUUGUACUGGACGCCGAAGGCAGAACAGCACUACACCUCGCGGUGAAUGCGGAGAAUACCGAGAUCGCCCGCGCUCUUAUCAGCAACGGAUCCGGUGUCUCCGCCCAGGACAAGAUAGGCCAAACACCACUGCAUUUGGCCAUCGAUAGAAGGUGCCGUGAAAUCGCCCACCUGCUCCUGGAGAAAUGCACCGACAUCACAAUCCAAGACAACAUGGGCCGCUCACCACUGCACUUGGCGGCCGGGCGGGAAAUGGCCGAUAUAUUUCACGCCCUAGUAGAAAAGGGUGCAGACUUCUCGCUCCAAAAUAACAAGGGCCAAACACCCCUCCACAUGGCCGUUAGAAGUGAUAACAUUGAGAUCGCUCGCACUCUCAUCGAUAAGGGAUCGGACAUCACCCACCGAGACACAGACGGGCGAACACCACUCCAGGUCGCAGUCUGGUGGAAUAAUAUUGAGUCUGCGCGCUUGUUGAUCGAAAAGGGCGCCGACGUUUGCACACGUAAUAAUGCAGGACGGACACCGCUUCACCACCUGGUGGACAUGAGCGGGCCUACAAGUGAAUUUGAGCUGGAUGGGUCAACGGAAGAGACACUCGUACUCCUAAUAAAAAGCGGCGCAGAUGUAUCCGCCGCUGACAAUCUAGGUUGGACGCCAUUGCAUGUUGCGGCUGGUGGAGGCAGGAAGCAUGACGUCGAGUUGCUACUGCGGCUGGGGGCAGAUGUGUCGAGCCUUGAUAACGAUCGGCAGACUCCGCUAAAUGUGGCUAGAAAGGGGAGUGCCGAGAGCGUGGGGUUUGAUAGACACAAGUAUAUUGUGAAGAUUUUGGAGGACGAGCUAUGGAGGAGGAGGAGGAAAGGGGAGGCGUAAGGAUUGUGUGGGCAAUGUUGGUGGGGAGGUGAAGACUGCCGCAUAGUGCAAGGGAGGCGUAAGGAGCUCUUCCGCUGGUGGCUACAGGUUAUGGUGAAUUGUAGUUUUGGUUAACCAGAGAACCCUACGAUUACUAGCAGCAGAUGAAUAUAUCCUCCUAUUAUCUUG